ACGCAGGAUAUGGGCAAAAAAACAACUUCUUCCCCUGUGAGGCUGGACUGAGAGCAGCCGGACUUGGUGCUCAUGCUGAGGCUUUCGGCCGCAGGGAGCCCGGCCGGAAUAGAUUUACUGCUAAUCCAGAAUAAGGAGUAUGUGAGGCAACCUGCUGGGCUCUUUUUACUUUUUACUUCCAUCGUCAGGCCUGUGAGAAGUUGUGAUCCGGCCUCUUUGAGGAUGCCAUCUUCUUUGUAGUCACUCUUGAGAAAACAAAAACCUGUUGGUGCUGGAAGUUGAUGGCCAAAUGUAGAGUGGCCGAUGAAAAGCAGUUUAGUGGCACAAUGUCGGCGUCUCAGGGGAUGAAUCGCAGCGGCGUCUACAACUACUUCCUCAACAUGGUGGCCUAUCAGAUUUGCUGUUGCUGUGGACCGGCUCCCUGCUCGCUCUGCUGUGCCUUCUGUCCUCCGGUGCAAUCGUCCACCACCACGCGGAUCAUGUACACCCUGUUCCACAUCAUGAGCUGCGCCGUCUCCUGCCUCAUGCUGUCCCGCACCGUCUCCGAGCUCGUCAGGGAAAAUGUGCCUUUCUUCAACAUGGUGUGUGACCAGGCGCACGGCGGGGGUCACUGUGAGAUGCUGGUGGGUUACUCGGCGGUCUACAGAGUGUGCUUCGGCACUUCCUGUUUCUACCUGAUGAUGGCCAUCUUCCUCAUAGACGUGAAGUCCAGUCAGGACUACAGAGCGCUCAUACACAACGGUUUCUGGUUCUUGAAGUUGAUCACUCUGCUCGGGAUGUGCAUGGCCGCCUUCUUCAUCCCCACAGAGUCCUUCCUGCAUGCUUGGCAUUAUGUGGGUGUGGUGGGAGGAUUUGCCUUCAUCCUCAUCCAGCUCAUCCUCAUCACAGCUUUUGCGCACACCUGGAACAACAACUGGUGAGUG